AUGGCGGUUUCGCCUUUGGUCCCCCACGCUUCAUCAGUUGCAGCUCCAAGCUCAAAUGCAGGCAAUAAAUUCGAGAAUGAGUCUGGCACCAACUCACCCAACAAGACGAAUCACUCAUCGUCGCCCCAGCGCAUGAAGAACUCUGACCGUGAAAUCACGGAGCAACUUAACGACGAUGUGAGGCACAAGUACAUAAAAGAUAAGAAGUUGGGUGAGGGAACUUAUGCUGUAGUGUUUCUCGGACACCUCCGCACCGACCCAUCGUCAUUUGUUGCAAUAAAGAAGAUUAAGGUCAAUGCUGAAUACAAGGAUGGACUUUCUAUGGACGCUAUCCGAGAGGUAAAAUAUCUCCAAGAGCUUUCUCAUCCGAAUAUAAUUGCACUCCACGAUGUGUUCUCGUCCAAGGAUCAAAACCUCAAUUUGGUUCUUGAAUACUUGCCACGCGGUGAUCUUGAAAUGCUCAUCAGGGAUAGCAAUAUUCAUUACGGUGCCGCUGAUGUCAAAGCCUGGAUGGGCAUGCUUGCCAGGGGUGUUUGGUUCUGUCAUGAAAAUUACAUCCUGCACCGAGAUAUCAAGCCAAACAAUCUUCUAGUCGCCGCUGACGGCGAGGUCAAGCUGGCAGAUUUCGGUUUGGCCAGGUCUUUCGCUGAUCCAUACUUGAAUAUGACACACCAGGUGAUCACACGCUGGUAUCGACCCCCCGAGCUGCUUUUCGGUGCGCGACAGUAUUCUGGAGCUGUCGACGUUUGGUCCAUGGGAAUGGUGUUUGCUGAACUCCUUCUACGGGUUCCAUUUGUCGCAGGGAAUUCAGACUUGGAUCAAAUCUCCAAGAUUUGCGAAGCCUUCGGGACACCAACUGAGGAGAACUGGCCAGGCUAUACGCGAGAUGCGGAAGGCUCCCCUUCACAAAGCAGGAGCUCAUCUGCGCAAGGAUCUUACUCAACUAGUGCAACUACGUUUGAAGAUGCCGAUGAAGGCGUACCAAAGUCAAACUCCAGGCCGAAAGAGACAAAGGGAAAUGUCAUCGUGAGCGUCCGAGUACGCCCUGAUGUCAAUGGUGCCGAAGCCGCAAAGACCCCUGAAUGGUCAGUAGAUGGGAGGCACGGCCUCAUCUCUUAUCACGGAAAGGAGGGCGGUGAUUAUUCGUUUGAUAACGUGUUCUCCCCUCAUGAACAUAACGCGAAGAUUUACGACUCUGCAGCGAAACGUCUAGUGAGGCGGGUAAUGGAAGGAUAUCAUGGUACAGUCUUCGCUUACGGCAUGACUGGUACUGGCAAGACGUUUUCCAUGCAAGGAACCGCAACCUCCCCGGGAGUGAUACCUUUGGCAAUAACGGACAUAUUCUCCUUCAUUAGGGAAACACCACAUCGAGAGUUCUUGUUGCGUGUCAGCUAUCUGGAGAUAUACAAUGAGAAAAUUCACGAUCUGCUGUCAGCCUCGGUAUCUGGCGGGACCGCUGCCCCUCAACAGGAGGAAAUUAAGCUCCGCGAAGACAGCAAACGUGGUGUAUAUGCCACGCCACUGAAAGAAGAGAUUGUUCAAAGCCCGACACAGCUUCUCCGUGUGAUCGCGAGGGGCGACCAUGCUAGACGGACCGGUAGCACGCAGUUUAACUCUCGCAGCUCUCGAAGUCACGCGGUUGUUCAAAUUGUUGUCGAGAGCAGGGAACGAGUGCCUGCCGGAGCCUCUCAAGAUAGACGGUCAGGCUUGGUCCCAGGUGGAGUUCGAGUGUCGACGCUGAGUCUAAUCGAUCUUGCUGGUUCAGAGCGCGCUGCUGAGGACAAGGAACGGCGCACGGAAGGUGCCCAUAUUAACAAAAGCCUGCUUACUUUGGGAACUAUUAUCUCUAAACUAUCGGAGGCAAGAGAAAAGACCGGCAACCCAACUGAUAAAGAGGGGAAACACCUUCCAUAUCGAGACAGCAAACUCACGAGAUUACUGCAGCCUGCUUUGUCAGGGAACUCAUUGGUCAGUAUUCUUUGCACCGUUCAGCUAGGAGGGACAGCCAAGUCUCAUUCCGGCGAAACGCUCAACACCUUGAAAUUCGCAGCUCGAGCCAAGAACAGCAUUGUCAGUCAUGCUAAACGCGCGGAGGAAGCAUUUGGUAGUGGUGGAGGUGAUGCUGGAAGCAGAGUUCUCCUGGAGCGGUACCGUAUGGAGAUUCAGACGCUCCGUAACCAGUUAGAGAGUCAGACCAAGGCCCAAGCUGAGAAGGAACUGAAGCUGGAAGAGCAGCAGCUCGAAAAAGAAGCACAGGCACGCCACGAAGAGCAAAUGCUUGAAAUGCAACUGGCUCGGACGGCAUUAAAGGAAAGGAUCGAGCAUUUGAAUCGUCUGAUUCUAUGUUCAAAGUCUACUGGUGUAAAUACCUAUGGAAGCAUAUCCGCUCUUGGUCGCCUUUCAAGGAUGUCGGCUACCGAAACUGGAUCUCGAUCUUUGCGUUCGUCACUCAGCCAGUCUACAUUAGGCGCAUAUGGGCACUCGUCGCUCCGACCAGUCUCCUUUCUUUCCGUUAACAGCAGUGAUUACCCCAGUAAUCAACCGUUCUCAAAUGGUCAUCUUGGGAAUGAAGAUGAGGAUGAUUUUAUUGGCGAAUUUGCGGAUGGAAAAGCAAGCGCCCAAAGACAAAUCGCAGCCCUUCAGGCCGACCUCAACGACAAGAAUCGCUAUAUCUCUACGCUAGAGCGGCGGCUUCUGCAAGCACGGCGGUCCAGUCAUUCCCGCAUGUCCAUAGGUGUGAAGGCUGGAGGCACUACUUCUGACGCCCCUGAUGUACUAGCUCUUUUACGGGAGAAGGACAUGGAGAUCAAUGAGCUUCGUCUACAACUAGACGAUAAAGACCGGAUGCUUGCUGCCCUUCGUUCUGCUGCUCGACAUCGAGAUCUUGCCCAUUCAGCAGCCGACUCCUUCGUGUCAGACACAAAAGAUAGACCCGGGCGUCAGGAACAUCAACCCGAUGGCGAUGACCCAGCGGCUUAUGACUCGGCCGUUGGUCUCUGUUCACCACUCAAAGAGGAUGAAAUGGAAGAAAAGAGGCGUGGCAUGGACGACGUGUCACGCAUUUUGGACGAGAUGUUACAGGACCGCCUUGAGAGUGGGCACCUCAUCAAGGGCUCUCGUGGGAGUGUUCGCGUUGCCGCAGAAAGUCGGCGGGCAUCUGAAUCCAUGCCCGGUUUGCCAGGGUUGAGCACGGGCACUACGGAUUUGGCAAGCUCUGGCUAA